AAAAUGUUUUGGUCUAAGAGACCCGAUUUUUUUAACUAACCUCGAUAAUUUGAAGGUAAUUUUAAGGGUGAGAGAACAUAGGAAGAAUUAGAAUAAUAUCCCUCAAAUUUUAUAAAGACAUCUAGGUAAGAAUAAUAAUCGAGUUGUUAGAUAUAAUAUAGUAACUUUCUUGCCAAAAUCUUUACUAUUGUAAUUUACACGAUAUGCAAAUAUCUAUUUCUUGUGCAUAGCUAUAAUUCAAUGUAUUCCAGUAUUAUCAACAUUGAAUCCAUUCAGUGCAAUAGCUCCGUUAGUAUUCGUAUUAGGAUUAUCAAUGGGGAGAGAAGGUAUGAAUAAAAAGUAAUAUAAAAGGUUGGGAAGAUUAUGGAAGACAUGUAUCAGAUAAUGAAGUGAAUGCAACAGAAUGUGUAAUAAUGAAAUCUCGAUAGAUGAAAGUGUAAGAAUAAUAAAUUAACACUACUUAGUUCAACAUGGGCAGAAUUAGCAGUAGGAGAUUUUGUAUUGGUGAAACAAGAUGAAAGUUUUCCUGCUGAUUUAAUAGUUUUAGGAAGUGCAAUACAGAGUGGUGCAUGUUAUAUCGAGACUUCAUCUUUAGAUGGAGAAAAGAAUUUAAAACCAAAGAGUGCAAUUCUAGAGAGUUAAUAGCUUUAUGGUGAUAAGAAUAAUUAUACAGAUAAAAAAAUAAGAGUAGAAGCUUAGGUUCCUACUUAAAAUCUUUAUGAGUUGGAUGCUUCUUUAUUUUUAAGUAUUGAGAAUGAUGAAAAAUUAAGGAAGUUUUAAUUAACAGCUAAAUAAUUAUUAUUAAGAGGAGCAUUCCUUAGAAAUACAGAAUGGGUUAUUGGUUUAGUUGUUUAUACAGGAUAGGAUACUAAAAUUAUGAGGAAUGCUGAUGCUUCUAGAAUUAAAUCAAGUGAAAUUGAAAGAAUUAUGAAUAUCUUAAUUCUAGGAAUAUUAGUAAUUUAAAUUUCACUAUCAAUUAUUACUGCUUCAUUUUCAUCUGCUUGGCUUCAUUAAAAUGGUAGUGAAAGUUGGUAUUUGGGUUAUAAUGAUUUUUCACCUAAUUUACUUAGCUUUUAUUCUUUUUUCAGUUAUAUUUUAUUAUAUAACACUAUGAUUCCUAUAUCAUUGAUAGUUAGUCUAGAAUUUGUUAAAGUCUUUUAAGCUUAUUUUAUAGAAUAAGAUGAAGAAAUGUAUGUAUAAUCAAGAGAUAAAUAUGCUAAAGUCUAAACUACUACUAUUAAUGAAGAACUUGGAUAAAUAGAAUACAUCUUUUCUGAUAAAACUGGUACUCUUACCUGUAAUUAAAUGGAAUUCAAAUAUUGUAUAAUAGGAAACACUCUAUAUGGUUAAGAACAAUAAUAAACCAAUAAUAUUCCAGUAUAAAAUCUAGAUCCAAAAAGACCACAAUCCGCUAAGGUACAUCCUACAAGCGAGGUCUUUCAACAUUCUGUAUUUAAUUUCUAAGAUAUGGAAUUAAGUGCAAUUCUCAAAGGAGAAGGUUCUUAAGGAGAAUAACCAGUUAAUUUGAUUAUUUAAUCAUCAGAUGGGAAAUAAUAAAUCUAAAUUCAAAAAUAAAGAAAUCUAAUUGAUGAAUAUUUCUUCUUAUUAUCAUCUGCUCAUGAAUGUAUUAUUCAAUAUGACAAAAAUUAAAAUGCUAGUUAUCAAGGGCCAUCUCCAGAUGAAAUCACACUCGUUGAUGCAGCAGCAAGAAUGGGUUUCUAAUUUACUGGUGCAUCUGCUAGUGAAUAAAACUUUAAAAUUUUAGGAAGGGAAAAAAAAGUUAAAUUAUUAAAAUCUUUUGAAUUUGAUUCAACACGUAAAAGAAUGAGUGUUAUCAUUGAUGAUAAUGGUGUCAUUAAAUUAUUUAUCAAAGGAGCUGAUAAUAUUAUAAAGGGUAGAUUAUCUCCAAAUUAAAUAUUUCUUAACCAAAUAGUAAAUUAUCUGGAUGAUUUCAGUAAAGUUGGUUUAAGAUGUUUAUUAAUGGGUAUAAGAAUAUUGUCUAAUGAGGAAUAUAGAGAAUUCGAUAAUGCUUAUAACAAUUUGCCAGACAAUGACAAAAGAGCAGAAGAAGUAGGUAUACUAUAAUAUUGAAACAUAGAAAAAUUGACAAAUAAUUUAGAACAAAAUUUAACCCUUAUUGGUGCAUCAGCAGUUGAAGAUAAAUUAUAAUAAUUGGUUCCAGAAACAAUAGCAGAUUUAUUAAGAGCAAAUAUAAAAGUAUGGAUGUUAACUGGAGAUAAAUUAGAGACAGCAGAAAAUAUUGCAAAAAGUUGUCGUUUAAUAUAAGGUGAUUUUACAGUGAUGAGAUUAUCAGAAUCAUCAGUUGAGGAAUGUAAAAAGAAGAUUGGAGAUAUUUAAGAAACAUAUGAUCAUUGUAUAAAAGAGAAUAGAAAGAAAGUAUUUAACAAAAUGUAAAAUUUAGUCUUUUGUGGUGGAAGGAUAAUCUCUAUAAUUUGUAAUAGAUAAUGAAGAUUUAGCAUAAGCAUUUGUUAGUAUGGCAAAAGAUUGUGAAAGUGUAGUUUGUUGUAGAGUAACUCCAAAAUAAAAAGCUGAUGUUGUAAGAUUAAUAAAAGAUCGUUUAAAUAAAAUAACAUUAGCAAUAGGAGAUGGUGCAAAUGAUGUUAAUAUGAUUUAAGCAGCUCAUAUAGGAGUUGGAUUGUAUGGAAAUGAAGGAAUGAGAGCAGUUUAAAGUAGUGAUUUUGCUUUAGGGGAAUUUAGAUGUUUGUGGAGACUGUUAUUAGUUCAUGGACAUUGGAAUUAUAUUAGAAUUGCAGAAAUGGUAUUGUAUUUCUUUUACAAAAAUAUGAUCUUUACUGUUCCAUAAUUUUUCUUUUCAUAUUUUUGUGCAUUUUCAGGUUAGUCAUUUUUUGAUGAUUGGUAUAUUACAUUCUAUAAUUUGAUAUUUACUGCACUUCCACUUAUUAUGAGAGGUACUUUUGAUUAAGACAUCAAUUACAGAUAACAUGUAUAAUAUGAAGAAAAAGAAGAUGUUGCAUCUGUUCAAAAGAAAUUUGAAGAAUACCUAAAAUAUAAGUUCCCAACUCUUUAUUAUGUGGGAUAGAGUAAAAGUAUUUUUACAAUUCCAAAUUAUAUGUUAUGGGCAUUUACUGGUCUAGUACAUGGUAUGAUAAUUUAUUUUUUCAUACUUUGGAUAUUAGAUUAUGAGAUAGUAGAGGAUAAUGGAUUUCCUGGAGGAUUGGCAGCCUUUUCAUUAACUGUUUAUUCUAGUAUUAUUUUAGUAUUAAUUUUAUUAUUAAUUCAAGAUUGCUGAUUUAAAGAUUGCCAUUCAUACUAAAUAUUGGACUUGGUUUAAUUUUGUAUGUAUUACAUUUCUGUCUAUAUUACUCUAUAUCAUUUAUGUAAUCAUAUCAUAAUUCUGGCCAGGUACUUUAAUGGAAUAUACUCCGUUUACUAUGGUUGGAACUCCUCAUUUCUGGUUAUCUAUGAUUCUAAUUGGAGGAAUUAUUGGAGGAUUAGAAGCCAUAAUAGCUUAAUUAUAGAGAGAAUUUUUCACUGACCCUGCUUCUGAAAUGUUAUUUAAAGUUAAUACUUUUGGAUUAAAUCAAAAUAAAUUCAUUGAGUUAAAAGAAAAAAAUCAAAAAUAAUUCAAAGAUUCUUUUUGGGAACCUCUCUAUAAAUAAUAUUAAUAAUAAAAUGAAGAAGUUAUUAAAUUUAGCUAAUCAUAGCAUGCUGAAUGA